AUGCCCCAAGCCUUACUACCAUCUUCUGCCGCUGCAUUUGCGCCACGCACACCCCCUAGCGUGGUGCUUGAUGCCAAAGUCCCUCAGUGGUUGACAGCGACUCUUAAGCGUGUGAGCCCAGCUAGGCGUCGCUUGAACAACCCCAAACAGCAAACCAAUUGCCUUCUUCAGAUCCUCUCACCACAGAGCGCGACCUGGGCAUUGUGUUCGAUGAUGUUAGAUGGCCUGUUUGGAAUGAUUCACAUAGAGGCCUAUGUCGUGUAUGUCGACAUGGUCUCGCAGAAUGAAGUGGCUUUUAAAUUGACCAAAGAGACCAUUAGUAUCCUGGAGGGCUUCCAUGAAGAGUUUUUGGUUAAUUCAGCAGACCACUACUCAGGGAAGCAAGCUCAUGCGAACGAAUUACAGGAGGAUUUCGUCAAAGCCGUCAACAAGUUCAUAUACCGGACGAAUGCCGAGGCUCUAGAAGGACUACAGGAGAAUGGUUCUGGAGAGCUACUCUGUGGCAACAGUGCGGACGUUAAAGCAGCGAUUUCCCGCCUUUUUGUGCCAAUAGUUCCUUCCCCACCCAUUCCAUAUCCGUACCAUCCACUGCCUGGUAGGACUAUGCUAUGGACGCCUGAAUCUGUCUAUGUGUCCGGAGCUGUCGACGCAUGGAAUACGCAAUCAACUAUCCCAUUGACGAGCAUCACGAAUCAAUACAAUCCAACGCUGGAAAGUACCCUGGAUGUCAGUUAUGCCAGAUCCUUCUCAAUAGAUUUCGUCAGCACAAAGGCGUCGCAAUAUAUUUGCCGCCUGCACCCAUCCGAUUCUUUCGAUAAUCCGAUGGAACCACCCGAGCCAGCUGCACUUUUGUGGUAG